AUGAACGGCAACGCGAAUGGCGAACAGCCUCCUAUGGCCACGGAGAAGAUCAACACCGAAAUCGUUACGCUUACCCGGUUCCUGAACGAAGAGCAGACCAAGCACAAGGAAGCUACUGGAGACUUCACAUUACUAUGCCACGCCCUGCAAUUCUCAUUCAAGUCGAUAGCGUACUACAUCCGACGAGCGUCUCUGAUCAACCUUGGCGGUCUGGCGGGUUCUUCGAACACAACAGGCGAUGACCAGAAGAAACUCGAUGUCAUUGGAAACGACCUGUUCAUUGCAGCCAUGCGAUCUUGCGGUCGCGUCAAGGUGCUCGUAUCCGAAGAGGAGGAGGAAGCCAUCGUGUUCAGCGACAACCCGAACGCCAGGUACGCAGUUGCCUGCGACCCGAUCGACGGCAGCAGCAACCUUGACGCAGGCGUCUCAGUCGGUACCAUCUUCGGCAUCUUCAAGCUUCCCGAAGACGCCAAGGGGACGAAGGAGGAACUGCUAAAGCCCGGCACGGAGUUAGUCGCCGCAGGCUUCACCAUGUACGGCGCCUCCGCGCAACUGGUGCUCACCAUGCGCGGCGGACCGGUGAAUGGUUUCACCAUGGACAACGCGCUUGGUGAGUUCAUCCUCACGCACCCGAACAUGCAGAUGCCGAAGAAGCGCGCGAUCUACAGCUGCAACGAGGGCAACAGCAAGUACUGGGAGGAGCCGGUGUUGGAGUGGUGCAACAGCGUCAAGCAGGCGGACAAGCCGUACUCGUUGCGCUACAUUGGGUCCAUGGUGGCCGAUGCGUACCGAACGUUGUUGUAUGGUGGUAUCUUUGCGUAUCCGGCGGACAAGAAGAGCCCGAAGGGCAAGCUGCGGAUUUUGUACGAGUGCGCGCCGAUGGCUAUGGUGUUUGAGAAUGGUGAGUCCACAGUGCGAGCAUGCUAA